AUGGUCUUCUGCAUCAGCUCGCCAAACGGCUCGUUAUCCGGCUCUGGUGGAACAUGCAAGAACGAACUUGGUCGGUUACAGUAUGACGAGAUGGGCGAUAUGAGAGGAUAUUCGUCAUCUGUCAGUGAGAAACAUUUCCUCGUCGAGUGUUUCCAUCUCCCCAAUCUGAAACCGUUCCGAGAGCACCUCGCCCAACGCCUGUCUGAAUUUGAUCGUCAAUUUCUUGAUGGAACAGACUUCGAAUCUACCGCAAGGGAAAAUAUGGAUACUCGGAAUAUCCAGGCCGCACUCCUGAGAAGUCUAGACCAUCAUAUCGAAGCGGAAUUAGCAGAGAUGCAAAUUGCUGUUCCUAGGCUGGAUCUUCCGUCUUACCAUUUCGCGCCAUUAAAUAUUGCCAAGUCAUGUGCAGGGUGUAAGAACUGCGGCUCUACAUCAGCAAAGACACGGAAGCCCUAUCAUCUAGUAGAAUCAGUCGUGCCCCCGCAGGGAACGAGAGAUUCUUUUGCUACGCAACGGAAACCAAACACCCGUCGCGUUCCAUCAGAGAUUCAAUCCGGGGCCAAAGCUGCAGAGGAGAAACACGAAGCCGUGUUGCAAGCGGAACAAAUGAUACAGAAAGAAAAUCCCACCGCAGGGCUAAGCGCUCGCAAAUGCUGCACCACAAUUAUUGUGGAGGAUCCAAAUGGGAAGGCAUUCAUAUUUCCGUGUGACCUAUGUGAUACAUGGGGGGUAAGCUAUAGUAACAUCUACAUCUCGCGUGGAUCAUCAUCUCUAACAUCUGGAAACGUGAUCAAACAAGCGUUCCCCGGAGAUGGAAACGCCUUAUCACAGGACAUUGCACGGGGUAAUUACGAGCACCUCAGCGCAGGUGGAAGUAUUGUUCUCCCCAUCGUGGGAGAAAACCUGGUCCAGCCAGGCUGGAAGCUGAAAAUGCAAAUGAAAAAUACGCAGCGAGAAAUCAUGGAGACGAAUCAUGAAGAUAGCGAAUGGGCGAAUGGCGAGGGUAGUCACGAAUGGGAGGAGAAGGAGAAUGAAAAGGGCACGCAUGAUGGACUCAAAUAUGAGGAUGUCUGA